UCUAUAUAUAAACACCGUGACGCCAAGUAAUGUCACGCACGCGCCUUGCACACAUAUUGACCCGCGGUGACGUCACACAUUCCUGGCCAGGUGUUCUCAUUUGGACACCUGGACCACUGAGCUACACCGCCGUCGCUCCACACAGACCCCCCAACACACCUGCCCUUCUAUCAUCGGAACAACAGUCCAAGAUGGUGGUGGUGGCGGAGGGAGUGGUGGACACGAGGGUGCCGGCGCCUCUGCCCGGCAUCCUGAGGGAGUACACAAAGGCCGCCAUCCGCACCCAGCCCCGGGAUCUCCUGGCCUGGUCCUGCGCCUAUUUCAAAGCCAUGACCCAGGGCAGCGUACCGCCCGUGAAGGAUCGUCUGGAGUUCCCCAUCCCCGAGUCAGAAAGUGGCAUCUCACCUGGCGUGCUGCGUGUGCUCCACCGUCAGCUGCGAGUCGGCGACAGCGUGCAGUGGGAGCAGCUGCGGGAGUGUUGCGAGGCCAUGGGCGUGGCCGAGGAGACAGCGCAGGACGCCUGGCACCGGGCAGGGGGCGGGGACGGAGCUUCCCUGGAGUGGGACCACAUUCUCUCCCAUCUGGCUGCCCUCUCCGCCCACUCCAACAUUCAGGCCUUGCAGCUGUUAAUGGCCGCCCUCACCGAGGACCCCGUCACCAAGAAGGUGGACUGCUCCUCGCUGCUGGACCACUACCGGCGCCUCCACACCCACAUCAACAUCACGCCCACUGAGCAGUUCACCGAGGCGGUGGCCUAUCUGAAUGACCUGGCCACCUUCCAGGGCGGCUACCUCACGCCCAAGGACCUCACCAGAUCGUCCUGCCCCGUGCUGUAAUUCUCGCCUGUUAGCGGUGUCACUCGCUCAUAAUAAUUCAAUUAACUCUAACUAUUACCAUCAGUGUAGACCAAAUACUAUAGAAUUUACUCAUCACCAACGUCACCUCCACGCCGAGGCACCGAGGCACCGCCGCAGCCUCUGCUUUGUCUUGCAGGUGUUAAGUGGUUUUAUUAUAGUAAAAGAGAAGUUUGUGACCACUGGUGGUACUUUAUUGUAUUCUGCGUACCGAAUGUCGUUACAAUAUGUGUUUUCUCGAACAAGAAGCAGAAUUAAAAUUAACAGUAUCA